CGCCAUUGUAGCACAACGGCAGGCAAUCGCGCCGAAUGUCUCCCAAUCUGUCGCAUGGAAAGGACGUUGCUGCAUUCGUCCUCGCUUUGGUCGACGACGUCCCGUGAACUAUGGAAGACGCCACCGCUUUUGGCUCCACUGACGAGUCGGAACAACCCGUGUUGAUUCCAAUUCAUUCCGAUGGCGACCUUCCCGAGUGGGCCGUCCUAGAGCUCAACGGGGAACUCAUUCGGCCUAAGGAAUCCCCUGACGGCAAAGAAAAUCCAACGAGCGACUGCUUGGUUGGUCCAGGUCAAGUCGAAUUAGGAUCUGUGCAGUUUGUAGAUGCGGAUCCGGUGAUGGUAAUGGGAAGUCAUCGUCUCAAGGGAAAGGUGGAAACGUUGAAGCAACCAUUCUGCGUACUGAGAAAGGAUGUAGAUAGCGACAACGACACAACAUCGUACCAGGUAACUGGGAUCAUUACGAAAAAGCUACUCUUCAACCAAUACCCUAAAACUAUUAUGCGGUAAAAACCCUCGGGCUACGGCAGCUCUAGUCAAUCUCCUCCGAGCGCUCACUUUACGAAUACAAUAAGAAUAAAGAACAUAUAACC